AUGGAAGGCUCAGUAUCUCGCAUUAAUAUAAGCUCCAUUAUAAGCAAAUUUCAAGGUACAGAGGAUAAUAGAUCUGAUGGUUGGGAAACUGAAUCGCCAUGUACAUCCUCUAGAGUUGAUGAAUGUUUUGCGGAUAGACCAGAUGCACAGGAUAAUAGACCCUAUGGUGGAGAAACUGAAACCCCCAUAUUCAGUGCUGGAGCAUCUGAGAAAGUGCAAAUGGAUUGUGAUGAUGUGCCAAAGUCCAAGACGGAGUUUAAUUCCUUAGAAGAUUUAAUGAGUUAUUAUAAGAAAUUUGGUAAGAAAUCUGGGUUUGGGGUGAUGACAAAAAGGAGUGAGAGGGGAGAGGAUGGGACUAUUAGAUAUGUCACACUUGCCUAUACCUGUGGUGGGAAGGCCCAGAAUAGGAUUUUGAAUGUUGUCAACCCUCAUCCGAUAGGAAAGACGGAAUGUAAGGCAAAAAUUAAUGUCUUAAAAACUGCUGAUGGAAAGUUUCGACUGAAUACAGUUCACAAUAUCCAUAACCAAAACCCCAGCCCAAAGAAACGCUUCUUUCGAUGUAAUAGAGAAGUAAGUGAAUCCAUAAAAAGAGUCCUUAAUACAAAUGAUAUGGCUGACAUCCGAAUGAAUAAGAGUUUCGGAUCUCUUGUUGUUGGUGCGGGUGGAUUCGAGAACCUCCCAUUUUUUAAAAAGGAUUCCUGUAACUACAUCGACAACGCACGACAUCUACAACUGGGCGCAGGUAAUGCUGGGGCACUUCGAGACUACUUUUUACAGAUGCAGUACAAAAAUCUGGGGUUCUUUGCAUUAAUGGACCUGGAUGAUGACGGGAGGUUAAAGAAUGUAUUCUGGGCAGACCCCGUGUGUAUGGAUGGUAUAGUGCUGAAGGUUAUUAUCAUUGAUCAAAACAGAGCAAUGAAAAAUGCAAUUUCAAUUGUUUUCCCCGAAAGUCGACAUCGAUUUUGCCUUUGGCAUAUACUUAAGAAAAUCCCCGAAAAGCUUGGCAGCUAUGGUUCCUACAAAACUAAAAUGAAAACUGCACUAAUGAAAUGUGUGUAUGACACCCAAACUCGGGAAGAGUUCGAGAAAUGUUGGGAUCAGUUCAUCACCACAUAUAACUUGCAUGAGAAUGUGUGGUUGCAAAGUUUAUACAUUGAGCGUGAGUACUGGGUAUUGGCAUUCUUGAGAGAGGUUUUUUAG